AUGUCGGGCGAGGAGCACAGCCUGUCCGAGGCGGAGCUGAGUCCUGGAGGGUCAGACGAUGGUCACUCACUGUCACCGACUCAGCCCGGAGCGCCACCCGGCCAGGACUCACCCCUGACCGGGCCGCCACAGCAGCUGACCGCGCUCUGUGUCGCGGAUGGCAGCGGGGAUGAUGGGGGCAGAUCCAUAGCCAAGUCAGAGGAGGAGGACGAUCGCUUCCCGAUCGGCAUCAGGGAGGCAGUCAGUCAGGUGCUGGACGGAUAUGACUGGACACUUGUGCCUAUGCCUGUGCGCGUAAACAACGGGAACAAAGCAAAGCCCCACGUCAAGAGGCCCAUGAACGCCUUCAUGGUGUGGGCUCAAGCGGCGAGGAGGAAACUGGCUGACCAGUACCCCCACCUGCACAACGCGGAGCUCAGCAAGACCCUUGGCAAACUGUGGAGGCUGCUCAACGAGAACGACAAGAGGCCAUUCAUCGAGGAGGCGGAGAGGCUUAGGAAACAGCACAAGAAGGACUAUCCGGAGUACAAGUACCAGCCCCGGAGACGCAAAAACGGCAAACUAACGCCUGCUAGUGAGUCCGAUAGCCAGGGGGAAGGGGAGGCCAGCCACUCCCAGUCACACUACAAGACCCUGCAUCUGGAGCACAACGGCGGGGCUGGGUCUCCCCUGGGUGACCUGCACCACCACCACCAUCACCACCACCAUCCUGCUGGUCAGGGUCACAGCCCACCCACACCCCCCACCACCCCAAAGACAGAGCUCCAGUCUGGGAAACUGUCAGAUGCCAAGAGGGAUGGGCCAGCAGGAGGGGCCGGAGGAUCAGGGGGAUCCAGGGGAGCUCUCGGGGUGGGAGCUGAAGGUGCAUCAGGUGGCCCCUCAUCAUCAGGCGCUAAACCCCACAUCGACUUUGGCACCAUGGACAUCGGCGAGAUCAGCCACGAGGUGAUGUCCAACAUUGAGCCGUUUGAUGUGAACGAGUUUGACCAGUACCUCCCUCCAAACGGCCAUCCGCAGAGUGGAACCGGGGCCCCUGCAGCUGGAUCCUCGGCCUCGUCCUAUGCCUACGCCCUGGCUGCCGCCAGUGGGCACUCCGCCUGGCUCUCCAAACAGCAGCAGCAGCCUCAGGCUUCUCCGUCUUCCGCCGACCCCUCCAAGGCCCAGAUCAAGAGUGAGACUGCGUCUGGGAGCCACUACGCUGAUGCCUCGACCUCUCCCUCCUCAGGCGCCCAUGUCACCUACACCCCUCUCAGCCUCCCUCACUACGGGUCCGCUUUCCCCUCGCUGGCCUCCAGGGCUCAGUUUGAGUAUGGAGAGCACCAGGCCCCCGGGGCGUACUAUGCCCACUCCAGCCAGGCCCCGGGGCUGUAUUCAGCCUUCUCCUACAUGGGCCCUACACAGAGGCCUCUGUACACUACCAUAGGAGACCCCUCCAGCGUGGCCCCCUCUCACAGUCCCACACACUGGGAGCAGCCUGUUUACACCACACUCACAAGACCUUGA